UCCACUGAGAUGCGGCUACAGUGAGGGAGACCAAUGGCUGAGACUGAGAGGGGUUUGAUUUGUUAAAGUCGAGCCGGAAUUGUUUUGUUUCGGUUAGCUACUGACACUGGCGUUUUGUUAACAAUGCGUCUGCUAAUUAACAGUUUAUCGGUUAAGAUAUACUAGUAUCUUAUAUUUUAUGACAAUGGGGUCACUUAAUGUCAUCGAUGGACAAGAAAAUUCAGCGACGGAGGCCACACUCACAGAGGCCAGGCUGGUGUGCCAGGGAGUAAACAAUCAGAGCUACAUCUGCGAGUCGGGCCACUGCUGUGGAGAGACACAGUGCUGCAGCUACUACUAUGAACUGUGGUGGUUCUGGCUGGUAUGGACACUGAUCAUUAUCCUGACGUGCUGCUGCGUCUGUCAGCACUGGCGCUCCAAGCAGCGCUUCCAGCAGCAGCGGCGGCAGAACGAGAUCAACCUCAUCGCGUACCGAGAGGCUCACAACAACUCCCAGCUGCCCCUCUAUCUCAGAUUCCUGCCCACCUACCUGCUCCCGGCCUAUGAGGAGGUGGCCGACCGCCCCGUCACGCCGCCUCCCCCCUACACCCCUCUGCAGUCAGCCGCCGCCCCGCCCACGGAGCCGCACGAGGACUCUCCCCGGAUCAGCCGGGCCACACCCGUCCCGGCCAGCGACACAUCAGCGCACACCACUCCCGCGGAUGCGCUGACCCACCUCCACGGCGUCCACUACCCCAACAAGGAGUCAACGCCGGGCCGGUACCGGCGCUUUACGGGGGACUCCGGGAUAGAAGUGUGUGACGGCCAGGAACUGUGGGAUCAGAGCAGCCUAUUAGAGGCCGAGGAGGAGACAGAGGAGCAGGGGUGGGCGGAGCAAACGGAGGAGCUGCGCGAUUGCUUCGGCCCCGCAGUCAUUCAUGACGGCCCAGAUGGACCCACGGCUGCGGAGGCCGAGCCACCGACUCCCAGCUAAUCCGUCCAAACUGCCACCGAUGAUAAUGUCACGCCUUUUGGUGCUCAGGGUUCUAUUGGUUGGACUAAGUGUGUGUGUGUGUCACAAGCCACAUUGUGCAACUUGUAAAGCUCCUCUUCUUUUCUUAUGGUGACAGUAGCUGUUGUGUGCCAGCUGUCUGCUAUGAAAGGUUCUUCUUCCAGGAAGCAGCACUGUUGUUCAUGUUUUUAUUCCCAAGUGUUCUUACGAGGUUCUUUAAUCUCCUUGGUUCUGACCAUGUGAUCUUGAGCUCAACCAAUAUUUUGUCUCUGCGGGAUUGGAUACUUUUUCUCAAGACAAAAGCAUAAUGUCAAUCUAAAAAGAUGUUAAAAAAUACCCACGGUAAUUUAGUUCUGACCAGACCGGUGAGAGUGAUUUUUACUUCUAUUUUUAAUACUGUGGCUGGUUUUGGUAUCCUGGACAGGUUUUCCACAAACAUAAUGGUUGUGAUCUAAAAUCCACGGAUUCUGUAGUUGUGUUGUUAGUGCCAUGCUCAUCUUUACUGGAACAGGAAUCAGGAAACGUUUAUUGCCGUUAAACGUUAAUAUGUUGGACAUGCAUGGAAUUUGACUUGGCAGGUGGUGCGUGACGGAUAGUACGUCAAUGGACAACAGACGUAGUGCAGGAAUAAGUUAAAAAAUACAGUGAAAUAUAUGCUAUGGGUUAAGAAAUAAAGAGAAAGUGCACCAGCUAACAGAAAGUGAUAAAGUGUAGAUGAGAGUGAGAGACAGUCAGGGGGGGGCCCCGGGCUCUGUUGAUGAGCCCGACUGCCGACGGGAAGAAACUGUUCGUGUGGCGGGGGGUCUUGGUCCUGAUGGAUCUUAGCCUCCUGCCGGAUGGAAGGGGCACAAACAGUUCAUGUCCAGGGUGGGAGGGGUCGGCUACAAUCUUUCUGGCCCGCUUCAAAGUCCUGGAAGCGAACAACUAAUGCCAACAUAUAUCUAGAAAAUAUUCUUGGAUCUGAAGCCUGUUUCCGUGGAGCUGAAUGUGAUAGAUGUUUGAAGUACAUCAAAGGUCUUUGUGGAGGGUCCUCGAGAGACAUGCAGUUGUCUGUAAACUGUCAUUUAGAAAAUGCACAUGGUGCACCGGGUCUGAAUGUAAAGAGCGCUGAGCCCACACAGGAGGGGUUCCUGUUUGUCCAGUCGGUCCCACUGGGCCAUCAGAUGGAGCCUUCUGAGUAGUCAGGUCACAGCUCCACAGUGUCUUUGACUACGCGUUGACCUGAGUAACCCUCGGUUCAUCAUACUUUCAAUAUGCUUUGUGCACGCGUCAGAUCUCAAAUCAGGAGCACUUAUAGAUAUGCAAAAGUGUGCGUGUGCGCUCUUUAUAACCUGCCACAAGUCUUUUUUACUGUUGCAUUUUUGUAUAAACGAUUGUUAUUAAAAAAUGUGGAGAACAUCUUUUUUUUUACUCAAGAUUAUAAAGAUUUUCUAUUUUUGUGAAGUUUUCUUAAUGCAGCCGACAACCAUUCUAUAUCGAGCUGUAUUCUAUCUGUAUGUAUGUAUGUAUUUAUAUAUAUACACACACUAAUUCUGAUCUAACGAAUGCGAUGAGAGGGAAUUGUGGCCCAGUUGGAACAAAGACAAAAGCCAUCAUACUUGUAGUACUGCACCUAAGACUCUAAGACAUCUGUUGGCCAACAUACAACACUG